UGACGAAUACACAAUCACAACUAUAUGUUAAUAUAAAUAAUAACAUUAUGCUCCUCUCCUCCCCUGCAGCUAUCAAACCCGUUUCUGUAAAUGCGGAAAUAGGCGGGGCAAUAACAAUGUGACCGAACCAUAACAAAACAACAUUGGACAAAAAGGUGCUCUGGUCCACCUACUUUCUAAUUAUUGGUCAAUGAACUGUCAUUAAAAAAAUAGUGUUGCUUUUUACUUAGGGGCUGAGUUCGUUCUCCGCUGCGCAGAUUGCCACGUUGCCGCAGAAAGACACCAGACUACGACACAAGAGGAUAUUGUCUGGUCACUCCAGGCUGUUUAUCACACCGGUGUUUUAGGAUUCUGCCGGGUGGAGCGUGCACUCUAUUGGGAUACAAUUGUAAAGUGGAAAAUGCUGACCGAUAUGAUAGUGGAGGAAGAGUUUGAGCUCAAGGAUGAGGAGCCAUGGUAUGGCAAACAGGACCUUGAGCACGAUCUCCAUUUGGCGGCUCAGCUGGGUAAGACCCUGCUGGACCGGAACCAUGAGUUGGAGCAGGGGCUGCAGCAGAUGUACUCCACCAACCAGGAGCAGCUGCAGGAGAUUGAGUACCUGACUAAGCAGGUGGAUUUGCUGAGGCACAUGAAUGACCAGCAUGCUAAGGUAUACGAGCAGCUAGAUGUCGGCGGCCAGAGACCUGGAGCAGGGCAACCACAGGCUGAUUCUGGACAACCGCGUCGCCCAGCAGAGGAUCAACUGCCUGACAGAAACAAUCAACAGUCUUGAGACCCACAUGGAGGACUUGCAGACCCAGGUGGAGGAGCUGAGGACAGCCCAGUCUGACCGGAGCAGGAGAGAACUGGCCGAACAGAGACACAACCUCGGAGCACAGAGUGUGUCCUGCCUCAAGGAACUGUAUGACCUGCAGAAAGACAAGUGAGUGUGUGCAUGUAUGUGUCCUGCAGCUGUGCAAUUGAACCUGGUGCCAACAAACCGCUUAUGUUAUUGUUACUCUAAAACAUAGCCAUUCCACCACAGAACCAGAUGUGUUCAGCUUUAUUCAGCUCAAAUCAAUGUUGAUCAAUUUAAUUCUCAUCUCAACCAUGCCAACCAAGACUAGGCUGAGAAGAGAGUAGAUGGAGACAAGAGACCAACUCUAAGGCCAGCUAAUUUGGUUUCUCAUUCUCCAGUGGGAAUGGUCACAGUGARCUUUGUGUCACAACACUAAUUYCCUGCACUCUGAUUAUAGUMACUAAACAAUUUGGAGAUUAUGUGCAUGCUAAGAGAGGGAACACAAUAACAAACAAUAAACAGAGGAAGUUACCGUAAAUGUUAUUUUAAAGUACAGUAACAAGCAUGUGCCUUGAGGGGAAUGUUUUACUUCAGCUAGCCUGAAUGUUUGUCACUGGCCAAGUUAAAGUACAUCAUUCCAGGAACUGUGUGUCUGGCCAAGUUACAGGUCCUUCUGAAAGUUUUUAUAGAAACUGCACUAUCGAUCAUCAAUGGUGUCAAACCAGCAGUCAUAGAGCCUCUUCUCAUCUCUUCCCCUUAUAGUGAUCUGCCUACUGUGUAUUCCCUUUCAGUACACAUUAAGUAAAGGAGACAGGCAGAGAGACACUUUGACUAUUGAUAUGGGUCCAUAGUGUAAUGACUAUGUAUUACCGCUAUUAUCAGCCAUGUGCUGACUGGGUGUCCCCAGGUCACACAGACCCAGACCACCUAAUCUGGGCCAAGGCUUUUCGGACAUAAUCCCCUGCAGAUAAAUCUUUGAGGGGGUUAAGUCUAGCCUGUAUACACACACUAACAUACACACAUAGUUUAGUAGCCUGUYUUAGCAUGCAAUACAAAACCACUGAUAAAACACAUACAGUACCAGUCAAAAGUUUGGAYACACCUACUA